CCUUUUGUUAUUGUUUACCUUUUUCCCUGCCUACUUGAAGACUUCAAAAUUGGAAUUGUACCAAAACCCUUUACUAAUAAUAAAGGGCAAUAAUAAAGAUAUACUCUUCAAGCAAAGCCACACUUCAUCGCAAGACAUGGAUUCAAAUUGUAUUAAAUCAGAAUUUAGAGGGUAUGAGAUUUUUCUAGACGAAAAUAAUGAUGUGGUUCAUAUGACUGCCCGUCCAAGCCAUGACUCAUCUGCAUUGCCCGCAUUGCCCGUGCCGGCCGUAUCUACCGUCUCUAGCCGAUUGAACCCUAAGAGCGACUCAGACCCGGACACCCCCCACCGACUUCAUUUUAUCAAAUUCGUUAAACGACAAGGACGAACGCUCAAGUUGUGGGAAUGUGGGCUUUGCGGCCAAGAUUUUCGCCAUCAAUCCUAUCUUAUACGACAUCUUCCCAUUCAUACAGGAGAGAAGCGGUUCUCGUGUCCGAUGUGUGAGAAAUCGUUUAGUCAUUCUUCAUCUUGGAUUCAACACAAGGCCACCCAUUCCGACCAUCGUCCUUAUGCUUGCGACGUUUGCCUCAAAACCUUUGCCCGAGCCUCGACUUUGGUCGCUCAUCAAAAGACUCACAUCUCCGACAAGGAGUUCAAAUGUGAUCAAUGUGACAUGAGUUUCCACCAGAAAAUCAACCUUCAGCAUCAUCUAUACGCACAUUCCGGCGAAAAACCGUAUCAUUGUGAGGAUUGUGAAAAAUCUUUCACCCAACUCUCGAAUCUGAAAUCCCAUCAACGAAGCCAUCACGCCAUUUCAAAAGUGAAGAACGCGACUCGAAUCUGAAUAUCUCUGAAUAUCCUCUGAAAGUCUUGACAAAAAUCAGGUUACACAUUAGCAGAAGAACUGCGGGUUCUCCAAUUUCUUGGCCAUGUCCUUGAGAUCUCGGAUUUGAUCGUUGAUGACUUUCAGCCAUUCGUCACGUUGUUCCUCGGAUUCGCAUUGGACCACAAUCGCGGAAUCCUCUCUCCGGGAGGCAGUGGUGGAUCGCUCCAAAAGCUCCAAUCCCUUUUCCAGCUCAAAGCCAAAGUUCGAAUCGCUCUUAUUGAACUCGCGGACAAUAACAUUGUUCAUCUGAUAUCCAAAGAAGAAACAUAACAAUAUACAGUUAACACUCA